CGCUUUUCAAUUUUAAGCGUCCAGCGGAUUUAAACUUUGAAGAAACGUUUUCUUUUCUGAAUUUUAAAUUUCACUCUUUAUUAAGACUCGGGAUUGUUGUUAUUUUACAGGUAAUGAAAGCAUUUUAAGCAGAUAUAUUUACACGGGUUGCUUCAAAUCGACUCAACAUGAGUGAAGCAGUAGCCAAAGCACCAGUCCCAGGUGCGAAGGUACAAAGUGGACCUAAAGGGGUCGGCACGUUGACUGUGGAACAGAUUCAGGAAGACAGAAUUACACAGUUGGCAGCUGAGCUAUGGUCACAAGAGGCAAUGAAAUCUGGACCAACAUUCAGACCAGAGAUAGUUGAGGAGGUCUAUGAGAAAGAGCUGGUCUCUUCAAACUUCUCAACAAAAAGAAUCAUGAUGCUGGAAUUCAGUCAAUAUUUAGAGAACUACCUAUGGCCGAACUACGUUCCAGAAAAGUCAACUGACAGCCACAUAAUGUCGACAAUUUUGAUUGUGAAUGAGAAGUUCAGAGAAAGAGUACCCCCAUGGGCAUGUUUUAAGAAGAAACCGGAACAUUUUGGCGGAAUGUUUUACCGAGUUCUACAGAUGACGCUGGGAAGCUCUCGGUCUCUACGAGAACAAAAGUUCCUCAUCGUGUUCCUGAUACACUGCUUCAGAAGCAUCGAGCUGGACCUGCUUCGGGAACAAGUACAGAGGCUCGUGUCCCUGCCUAUAUGGACAUGUCUCCUUCAGGGUAAACGAGAUGAGCUUUUCAAGUCCAACCCAAAGUACAAGAAGUUCUUCAACUUUAUCAAGAAGAGCGACGCAAAACUUGACCCUGAACAGCGACAGAAGGUGGAAUUUGAGAGAACGUAUCUUCAUAAUGUCAUCAAGAAAUACAUCGAUAUUCUCAACUCAAUACCGGAGAAAGGUGAUGUCCCCACGGAGAAGGUGAUGUACUGCGAGCGAUUUGUUGAGUUCUUGAUCGACAUCGAGGCUCAGUUACCUACGCGCCGGUUCUUCAAUGACCUCAUGGCUGACACCCAUGUUUUGACGAUCUCUUUGUUGUCAAAUCUGGCACGUCGUGAGGACGGUACACUGUUCACAGAGCUGUUGGAGAUGUUAAAGGUGUAUGCUGAGUUUGAAAUUGAUGAGGGGACAGGGGAGGCCCUUACCGUCCAUGAUCGCAUCGAUAAGCACUAUGAUAGGGUCCUAGCGCUACAGAAAGUUGCGUUCAAGCACUUCCCGGACCUUCACCAGUUUGCAAUCACAAAUGUUGCCAGUGUUGAUACAAGACAGGCCCUCGAGAAAUACUUCAGCCCUCUCAGUGCGAAUGCUCUGCACGAGGUUCUCUAUCGCAUCAACAUGUUACCUGCCUUGGACGACGGCCAAGAAUCACCAUUUGACAAGAACUUUAUGCUUGAACUGCUGAUCCGUGAACAUGAGCGCAAGAAGUCACAGCUCGAACAGAUCAAUGAGAUGCCGUUGUAUCCAACGGAAGACGUCAUUUGGGAUGAGAAUAUUGUGCCGACAGAGUAUUAUAGUGGGGAAGGUACACUUGCCCUACCGAAAAUCAACCUCCAGUUUCUAACGCUACACGAUUACCUGCUGAGGAACUUCAACCUGUUCAGAUUGGAAUCCACGUACGAGAUUCGACAAGACAUUGAGGAUGCAGUAUCACAUAUGAAACCAUGGCAAGCAGAGGAUGGUUCAGCAUAUUUCGGGGGAUGGGCUCGCAUGGCGCAACCAAUCGCUGGCUUCUCUGUUGUAGAGGUAGCGAAGCCUCAUGUUGGAGAAAACCACCCGGCCCAAGUGCGAGCAGACGUCACCCUCACUCUCAGUGUGGUUCCCAGCAUUAAGGCUGAGUGGGAAGGUCUGCGGAAACAUGAUGUAGCUUUUUUGAUCACAGUGCGCCCGACAAGUAAAAUCGGGACAAAGUAUGACUAUCGGUCCCCAUUCAUACCGCAGGUUGGACUCAUGUACGUCCGCGGGUGUGAGAUUGAGGGUAUGCUGGACGCAGAGGGGAAGGUCAUUGAAGAAGGUCCCGAACCAAAGCCUGAGUUAUCAGGAGAGAUGAGAACGUUCCGUGUUUGGCUCGACCCAAACCAGUACCAACAUGACAUGGCUGCCACUGAGGAUGGUCAGCAGGAUGUAUAUGAGACGUUUAACGUUCUGAUGCGUCGUAAGCCGAAGGAGAACAACUUCAAGGCCGUGCUGGAAACGAUACGCGAUCUCAUGAACACAGACUGUGUUGUGCCAGACUGGUUACAUGAUCUUAUUCUCGGAUAUGGAAGUCCAGACUCCGCACACUACUCACAACUGGAGAACAACUACCGAACCCUGGACUGGAAUGACACUUUUCUGUCCAUGGAACACUUGUACCAGAGUUUCCCGGGCUACAACAUUGAUGUCUCAACGACCGACACGAGCAAACAGGUGGCCCCUUUCCGUCUGACGUUCUCGCAGGAGGAGGGCAGUGGGAAACGGAAGGAGGGAGAGGAGGGGCCAGCCCCUGUCAAGAAGAUUUACGUUGAGCCCCAUGUGAUUCCAAAUAGGGGACCUUACCCAUACAGCAUGCCAAAAAAAAACAGCAUACCGUUUACGCCAACCCAGAUUGAAGCAAUUCGGGCAGGAAUGCAGCCGGGCUUGACAAUGGUUGUGGGGCCGCCGGGAACGGGUAAAACCGAUGUGGCAGUACAGAUAAUCUCCAACAUUUAUCACAACUUUCCGGACCAGAGAACUCUCAUUGUCACUCACUCUAACCAGGCCUUGAAUCAGCUGUUUGAGAAGAUCAUGGCGCUGGACAUUGCUGAGCGACAUCUGUUACGUCUGGGACACGGGGAGGAAUCUCUCGAGACAGAGAAGGAUUACAGUCGAUACGGGCGCGUAAACUAUGUCCUGGCACAGAGGCUGGAAUUACUUCAGGAGGUACAGCGCUUACAAGAGAGUUUGAAGGUUGCUGGCGAUGUAUCAUACACAUGUGAGACAGCUGGCUAUUUCUUCAUAUAUCAGGUCCUUGCCAGAUGGGAGGAAUUUCUGGCUAAUAUCAGAAAACUGAAGGACAGGACAGCUGAAAAGGUCAAGGAGUUGUUUCCCUUCUCAGAAUUUUUCAAGAACGCCCCUCCCCCUGUGUUUAAGGGGCGGAGUUAUGCUGAGGAUAUGGACAUUGCCGAGGGAUGCUUCCGUCACAUCAAGAAAAUCUUCACGCAACUGGAGGAAUACAGGGCUUUUGAGUUGUUGCGUAGCGGUUCUGAUCGAGCCGACUAUCUAUUGAUCAAGGAGGCAAAGAUAAUUGCCAUGACGUGUACACACGCGGCCCUGAAACGACGAGAUCUUGUCAAUGUGGGAUUCAAGUUUGACAACAUCAUGAUGGAAGAAGCUGCUCAGAUUCUCGAGAUUGAAACAUUCAUCCCACUUCUCCUGCAGAACCCUGAGUUCAAGAGCAAUCGACUGAAGCGCUGGAUUAUGAUUGGUGAUCACCACCAGUUGCCGCCAGUGAUAAAGAACAUGGCUUUUCAGAAGUUCUCCAACAUGGAACAGUCUCUGUUUACACGCCUUGUACGGCUGGGAGUGCCGACUGUCGAUCUGGAUGCUCAAGGACGAGCAAGGGCAAGUAUUGCAUCACUGUACACGUGGAGAUACAAGAAACUGGGCAGCCUCCCUCAUGUAUUCACAUACUCAGAAUACAAGCUGGCGAAUGCAGCCUUUGCCUUCGACUACCAGCUCAUCAAUGUGGAAGACUUCAAUGGUCAAGGCGAGUCAGAACCCAACCCUUACUUUUACCAGAAUCUUGGAGAAGCGGAGUAUGUGGUUGCAAUGUUCAUGUUUAUGCGUCUGAUGGGAUAUCCGGCCGAGAAGAUCUCCAUCCUAACCACAUACAACGGACAGAAACAUCUCAUCCGUGACGUUAUUCAGCAACGCUGUUCGAAGAAUCCAUUCAUUGGAAGGCCUUAUACAGUCACAACGGUAGACAGGUACCAAGGUCAACAGAACGAUUACAUCCUGCUUUCCCUCGUGAGAACACGCACAGUAGGCCAUCUCAGGGAUGUUCGACGUCUGGUGGUCGCCAUGUCUCGUGCUCGUCUUGGUCUCUAUGUGUUUGCCCGAGUCUCAUUGUUCAGCAACUGUUUCGAGCUUACGCCAGCCUUCAACAGGUUGUGUUCACGGCCUACUGAGCUUCAUAUCGACCCGAAUGAAAACUUCCCUACCGCAAGAAAGGCAGAUGAGCCAUGUCAAAGACCACCAAUGGUGAUACAGGACAUGCCACAUAUGGCGCAAUUUGUGUUUGACCUUUACAACCAGAAGGUCGACACUCUUAUGCGGAUACGCAAUCUGCCAUCGGCUGGGAAGUUAUCUGAACCACCCAAAAAGAAGACCUGAAGUGAGAAUCGUUGAUCUACAAAAGAGCGUUGCUGAUCUAAAUAGUGCUGGAUGUAACAUUGUGUGUACUGUAUGAUGAAAGUUAAAAGUGUUGAAAAUGUUUAAUGUAAGAACAUGAGAGAUAUGUUAAGAAUUUGAAACUGAGACUUGAAGAUAAAAUGUUAUUGACAUUAAUGCAUUUGCUAAACCAUCUUAAAAAAAAACAAUGUAAAAGACAUGCAGGAUUUGGCUGCAAGUCAAUAAUGCAAUAAAUUCAGGUAUUUGUCUGACAUGCCUGGAUAUUGUAACAGAGGCCAUCAGCAUAUUUUCAAUAAAAGUUGAAACAAAAUAUCGUGGAAAUAUUUUAUUCCGAUUUCAUAUUAUGGUAUAUGGUAUCACAAUUUUUAUGCAAAGCUUCUUGCAAAUUUAAAUGACCUUCGUCUAACAUAUUUGUUCUCAUAAUUUGAAUUUAUAUUUUAUAUCAAUACUUCUUGAAGGGGGUAGGGGAUGCAAGCUCGAAAAAGUGAUCAUAAAACAGUAAUUGGGUUAGUACCGGAAGGUCAAGGCGACAAAAUAGAAGGUUUUGGUACCUUCUGGCAUCAUGGUUUUGGUCUUUUAUAAGAGGCUUCUAAAGAGAAUAAAAAUGAUAUAAGUUACAUGUAAGUUAACUAUGUUUUGCACAUGUCGCACAUCAUAAUGCCUAUUUGUUUAGUUGGUCAUGUCACAUUGUGUAUAUAAACUGAAUAAAAUCAUCCACAUUC